UCAUCGCAAUGCUCCUUUGCUGCAUUCAUAACGUAUAGCUACCUAGCUAGCUAGCUUAUCCCCUGUAUAGAGAAUCUCUCGUUCUCCGGUGAUUAUUAGUAAUGGCGAAACUCGCUUUAGGAAGUCACCGUGAAGCCACCCAGUCCGACUGCAUCAAAGCCCUAGUUGUUGAGUUCAUUACAACCUUCCUCUUUGUGUUUGCCGGAGUUGGAUCUUCCAUGGCUGCUGACAAGUACUCAGACGGGAGUGGCCUCGUGGGGUUGUUUGCUGUGGCUGUGACACAUGCUCUUGUGGUGGCUGUCAUGAUCUCUGCUGGCCACAUAUCCGGCGGUCAUCUUAACCCUGCUGUCACUCUUGGCCUCUUUGCCGGCGGUCACAUCACUUUAUUCCGAUCCUUCCUUUAUUGGAUAGACCAAUUACUAGCGUCUUCAGCAGCAUGUUUUCUUCUCAAUUAUCUCACUGGAGGAAUGACUACACCAAUACAUUCACUUGCAAGUGGUGUGGGUUACCUUCAAGGAGUGAUAUGGGAGAUCAUCCUUACAUUCUCUUUGUUAUUCACCGUAUAUGCAACAAUUGUGGACCCCCAGAAGGGAUCUAUUGAUGGGCUGGGCCCAACGCUGACCGGGUUUGUAGUGGGAGCCAACAUCUUAGCUGGUGGAGCAUUCUCAGGGGCCUCCAUGAACCCAGCCCGCUCCUUUGGUCCUGCUUUGGUCAGCGGUGACUGGACCGACCAUUGGGUUUACUGGGUUGGACCCCUCAUUGGAGGUGGGCUUGCUGGGUUUAUCUAUGAGAAUUUCUUCAUCAUCAGAUCCUAUGUUCCUAUUCCCUACGAGGAGUCAACUUUUUAAAUUAUGACGUGUAUUGAUGCAUGUUAUUAGCAAUCUCUCUCGCUAAAUGUACCAAGUUUGUUUCUGUUUCUUAGCUGUGGUUUCCUUUCCCUGUACUAUAAAUAAUUUGAGGAUUAAUUUUAUGUGAUAAUGUGAUCUGUGAUUCAUAUAUCCAA